UGCCCCAGAGAUUGAUGUAAUAAAAGUGAUGAACAAAACACACAGCCCCAGCAACACAAAAUUUGAUUUCUGUCGCACUACUUUCCGCCCCCCCUCUCUCUCCUCUCUCUCUCUUUCUCUCUCUUCAAUCAUCACUUUGGUCGGCGUCUCAGAUUUUCAAAAUCAUCUCCGAUACGAUCAACCUCCCUCUACUACCAUCUCCACCGAUUGAUCAAUUCUGGUAAUUCAUCAAGCUCCGCUUUUUUAAAUUCAAUGGAGAAUUCGAAAGCUGCUAGCGACGGAUCGAAUAACACCAGCACUACAACCGACGAAGAGAACCCUAAUAAUUCAGCCACUGUAGAGGAAGGAUCGGACAACGUGAACAACCAAUCUCGUCAGUCCUCGAGAACUCCUUUCACAAAUCUCAGUCAGGUCGAUGCUGAUCUCGCUCUCGCCAGAACCUUACAGGAACAGGAAAGGGCAUAUAUGAUGCUGAGAUUGAAUGGUGAUGAUUAUGGAGGUUGGGAAGUUGGAAGCUACGGAAAUGAGGACGAUGAUGAUUUUGAUGAUCCCAGUGAAGAUGAAGAUGAAUAUGAUGUUACUGACGCGGACGAUGAUGAUGAGGAUGCUUUCGACGUGCAUGCACAUGCUGAAUCUGGAGAGGGUAAUAACUCUGGUGUUGAGUUAGAUCCGGCUAGUUUUCCAAGCGAUGAGGCCUUUGCGAGAGCCCUACAAGAUGCUGAAGAACGAGAAAUGGCUGCCAGAUUGUUGUCCCUAGCUGGGAUAAAUGACUUGGUUUCUGAGGAAGCUGAGGAUACAGAGAACCAUGGUAGCAACUCUCAGGAUACAUGGGAGGAACUUGAUCCAGAUGAACUAUCAUAUGAGGAAUUGGUUGCAUUGGGUGAAGUAGUUGGAACUGAAACCAGAGGGCUGUCUGCUGAUUCAAUUGCAUCUUUGCCUUCAAUGAAUUACAAUAUGCAAAGCAUUCAGGAUGGAAGCAGUGAUUCGUGUGUUAUUUGCCGGUUGGACUAUGAGGAUGGUGAUACCUUGACUUUGCUUUCUUGCAAACAUUCAUACCACUCCGAAUGCAUAAUCAAUUGGUUACGAAUAAACAAGGUCUGUCCUGUUUGCAAUGCUGAGGUCUCGACAUCUGGAAACAGCUAAUGGAGUUUAUGGAUGGUUCUCUUCUAUGAGUUGAAUAUACUCUACAUAAGUUGGGCAGACAACAAAAUUCAUAACUGUUGAUUUUAAAUAUUGUGCUCCCCUGAUGGUCGAAGAACUAUAAAUAUCUGAUAGGACUAAUAUCUACUUUCUGCCCAUUCAUUAUUCUGCCGAAUGUUACAGCCACCUUAAAAUGUUGGCUUACCCCAUCUCUCUCUCUCUAUCUCUAUUUUUUUUUUUUUUUUGGGUUUUGUUUUGGUCUUUAGCUAUUCUGUAAUGACAAGAAUAGUAUCUGAUAUUGUGAAAUAUUUUAGUAGCUUUUUUUC